GUUCUGUUGAUUUCUUGAUGUGAGAACCGGAUGAUCCUCUUCGUUAAUCGCUGUACUUGUGCUUCUGCCAGCACUCCCGCAGGCAGCACUUUUUCUUUUCUGUUGCUUGGUAGGAUCCCUCUCAAUUGUGUCCGCGGGUCAGCCCUCCUACCGACCACUGGCACCUAGGUUCGGGUGUCAGAUCCUGUUCCAGCCAGGAACCUUCUCCCAGAGAGCUAAAGAAUUCAAUGCUGAAUCUGAUCAAGACCUAUUAUCUGAGCCGUCGAAGCCACGAUCCCCGGUUCGGUCCCUGAAGUUUGAAAUUGCCCGGGGAAAGCCAGCUGAACCUGUUUACCGAUAAGUGGUCUCUGGUAUGGUUUCGGGGUGCAUAGCGGAUGGAGGUGGUGCCGGGAUCUUUCGUAUUGGUAGAGAUGGCAGUGUCACCACUCUGCUGCUCACAAUGGUUCCCCGACAAGGUCGCAGCCGGAGUUGCUGAUGUAUUUCGCAUUUUGUCAGCUGCCGAUCAGCGGAGAGAUCAAGUCGACUCAGGAUGACGGAGAAGAGGGAAAUGCAGAGACCUCUUUGUCUCGAAUAUCGACGUGAAUUUUAUCGCUCGGUUGUUGUUGAGUUCAAGACUACCUCAAAUUCAUCCCAACUCUCCCGAGUCCCGUAUUGUUAUUGAGGACUAAGAUGUUGCGAUGGCAAAAUCUGAGAUCGACGAUCAUUGUUGCUCAAAUCCGUCGAGCUGGGCUGCUGGGGAUACCAAGCCGGUGUUGGAGCGCCAGAAGAGCCCGUAAACUGUGUUUGUUGCUCGGAGGCUGCCCAUUCCGGCUGCAUUUCAGGCGGCACUGGCUGAUAUGACAUUGGCUGGGGGAACUCAACAAUUCCACCCGGUUGGUUUUCUGCUCCCAACGGCACGAAAGGGCUACUGGUUGCCGGUAAUUGCGGCAUCUCGCCCGUAAUUCUUCGUUCGAACGAGGGAUAGGUCUGCGUCCGGUACGCAGGGGGAAAGUUAUGCGGUGAGUCUUCUGUUUCGCCCAUCGAUACUGAUCUUGCAGGUGACUGAGCCCAAGGAUAGCCGUUGGGAGACGCUGUGUGAUAGCCAAAAGCCCGGUCGCGUGACAUUGUCGGUGUGGUCGCCGGAAGAGACCCCGUUGUGAAUGCGAUCGGGUAUGGUCCUUGCAAAGAGUGUCCGUAUUGUGGAUAGAACGGUGCGCUACUGGAAUCAUUCGCAUGACUUCCAGAUAGAGGUGUCGUGAAGGGAGAGCGGUCCAUUAUCUGAUGUUGCGGUUGCGGUUGCGGUUGCUGAGGAUAACCAUACGGGUUGGCAUAAUCGAAUCCUGCAUCGAUCAGCGAUGAAAAAAAUAGAAGGCGACAACGGUGCCAUACCACUUCCAGACAUGGAUCUAGUCCCAGGGUGGAAAUCAGAGUAUCCAGGACUUCCCCUGGACAUCGGGGGAGUGUUCAUCGGGCUAUCUAUCGGGUCGAGAUGUUCAAAGGAACCAGUUCGCAAGAUCAUACCAGGAGACGACACUGGUAGAAAAGAGUCGGCUUCGUUGGGACCCCCUUCGGUCGACUUGGUGGCAGACCGAACGCGUCUUCCAGGUCCUGGGUUUUGUUGAUCCACCGGGAAGAAUUGGCAUUCCUUUUUCAGCCGGAUGCAAUUCUGGCAUCUACCGGCUGGAUCGUCGAAGGCGGGCAUGCAACGAAUUUUGCGUCUUCGGCAAUGGCCUGUAUCAGGUCAAUAAAGUCCCAUUCCGCAACCCUAGUACACGAUAACUGACCACACGCCACUGCAGUCCGAUGAUAUCCUAACUUAUUUCUCCUUUUUUCGGCCGGCGAUAAAGGCGGUCCUUCAGAUCCCAUAUCUUGAAGGUUUGGUGACGAAUCGGCUCUCUCCAUCGCACCAGGCAUGUUCAGAGCAUCUCGCGCCCCGCGACGCUCGUCCGAGGGAGAGCCAAACCCUUCUGUGAAACUUCUGAAGCUGUUUGCUUCCUCUUGCAUCGCUGUUGGGUUGGAAAAGGCGACCUACGCUGCCACAGGGAAGCCCCAAAGGGUAAGCCUCUUUGGGUUCUCCCUGUACCAAGUACGACCUAAAGCGAUAUCUGAGCGGUUAAAGCCAAGUUAACAGCAGACGCAGACUCGUGCUGUAGCCGGAAUAAACUCCAUGUGUCGAUCGCAAGCGGUUGGGCGAGAUCCCGAAAUGAAUGCUGUGUGUGCUGUGACGCUGGUCUUGCUGUGAUGAGUAUGCGCAGUGGCAGACCGAUGACCUUGUUCUCAAGACACUGUCUCGACUUCUGGAUACUGGACGGCCUCCGCCCGAGUUGAUGUGCGCCUCUGAAAAGAACCAGGUUGAUGUGUACGUUCCAAAUCUUUCGGCCUCAACAUUUGACUAUGCACUGAGCGAACAGGAAAUCAUGUCGGGGAGCGCGAUUGAAUGACGAAGCACUAGGCCAAGCGGAACCAACGCCCCAAGCAACGGUGGUCCACGGCGCGCGGGUAUUAAUAAUUAUGCCUUCCUACAGGCACAGUCUUUCGCAUGUCGAUGCUGGAUAAGAAAGGAACAAUAACGAGGACAGUCAGAUCUUGGGCACUAUAACAGCCUGCGAAAGAUGCAAGUAAGACUCUUUUCCGUCACUAUCUUAAGAGGAGUGGCCGAUGUAAAUGGUUAGGGGAACAGGGAUGCCAAAGCCGAGAAUCGCGUUCUCCCGAAUAGUCCACCAAAAUGAGAGACCAGGGCAGCGAACAGACAGCAUCGUUCGAACGCGAAUCAACGUUGAGAACAAGCGCCUCCAUUGCGCCGGAAAAGCAUGGGACACCGCAAUGAGGCCAUAUGCAACAAAAGCACACAGCGAAUGAAUGGAUUGUGCAUUACAUACAACGCCUUGUGGACUCCUGUCCUUCCCACUAAGCGACCAGGAAAGUCAAAUGUCGUGAGGGCCAACUUAGUUCCCCUUGGAAUUGCGAAAUGAGGGUCCAGCCAGUUUGCAUCAUUGGCUCUGGUGCCCAUCUUUAGGGCGGUGGAAAACAGACUGCUCGAAGAUCGAGGGCUAAGCUGCAGGGACGACCCUCAAGAGGGCUGUGUGCACGGGCUGUGUGCACCGAACGCCAUGCUGGGGCUUCCACUUCCAAGUAACUUCAUAAGGGAUGGACCCAGGUCUCGAGAUCAGCGCGCCUCACCAGCCAUAGUAGUGGUGCAACUUUGACAACUGGUCCGGCCUCAGCCCAAGGUUUUACACUUCCACUGAUGGUACGUACCAAGCCCGGGGCAGGAGGCGUCCCCGGUUCGGAAACCUUUCGCUUGGGAGCCCGAUGGUAUGAAAUGAGGGCCAUGUCUAGCACAGAUCUGCAUUUACGAUUCUCCGCACAUUGACGUACACAGGCCGUGAAUGGCCGUACCACUUUAACCAGACACAUGAAGCCAAAUCCAUGACAUGAAAUUAGGAACCACAAGCACACACAUCUCGAGUCUGGCCGCAUGGAAGGAGACUCGCUUUCAGAAUGUUGAUGACAUAGUUUGGGCGCCUUCUGGCCAGAUGAGAACAUUUCGACCUAACACAAAACCCUCCAACCAUCGAGCUCAAUGGUUAUUGUGGAAUCUAUGAUGCACUUGAACCACAACAAGUAGUAGUAGGGAAGAGUUGAAUGGAUCGAAACCACGCAGUCGAACCUCUCCGCUCGCUCGAAACUGUCAAGGAAGCCCGAGAUGAUGGAGUGUCCAUUGGGGUUCGAGCGUGAAGAGGGCUAGUUCAUGGUCAGCCUGAACGCGAAGCCACUCAGACAAUGCAACAUCCCAGUCGUGGUUGAGACUCCACUCACGACAUGACCAUCUCGGGCGGUUAUCAGACUCAGUUCCAAAAGGCGCCCCAGUCAGCUUGGUGCUAGUGGAUCCUCUUGGCCUGUCAAAAGCAACCCGAUUCGAAAGUACUGCAAUCCUGCCCUCGCCCUCGCAGAAACCCUGGAAGCAACUAACGGUAUCACUGAUGCGGCAACACUGCAUCUACUAGCUGGGUUUGCGCUGUGGUAAGCUUCACCAGUCGAGAAAAUAUGCUAGAGACACGCCCAAGCGCGGAUGCUCGCAUCGUGGAGUUUGCAAAAGCCACUGGCAGGGCAAAGAAUGUGUGUCCGAUAUGUGUCUGCCACCCACGUCAUGAACGACCGUGCAUUUUGUCAGCACUUAUUAGCCGAGGACUAAAGCGUGCGAACGCGUGGUCAUGGAGUUUCCGGACCUUUGGCCCUCCAGGGAUUGGAUGGCUUAUCCAGCGCUUUAACAGGUGACUGGCUUGAUUCUUAUCCCAGGAUUGGGGCAUGUCGACUCCGUCCCCAGCACCGGUCUUCAGGACCGUCUUCUCCCAGAAAUACAGUACCAGCUGGCUGAGAGGUGGUGUUAGUCGCAAAGCACUGGCCUUAUGGCGGCGCUGACGACCGACAAUCGCCACCACAAGGCUCUAAGCAGUUGGACUAGACGUGGUCUGGAGCGGAGCGUCAGCUAACAAGGGUUGGCUUCGCUUCAAAAUAUCUGCGUGAAACCAUGGCCGAUCUUUCGAUGUUGAUGUCCCUCCAUUAGGUCAAGAUUAUGGCGAAUCUGGCUUUAAGUGUGGCGGUGUCUCAUUGAAGCUUCCCAAGCGCUCUGGCCGAUCAUUCUAUCGCCGGUCUAGACUCCAGAGUGUUGCAUUCAAGGGUCCUUCGUCUCGAAUAACUAGUACGCAGCAGGACCACACAGAUCUGGGCUCCGUGUCAGGGGAGUUGCCCAGAUAUGUUACGCAAGUUCUAUGUGCAGUUAUUCUUAGUGGCCGUCAUGUGGGUUGCUGUCAGCGCCUGGGCCGGAGAAACUUGAAAGUGUCUCGCACUCCAAGCUGGAAAAACAAGCCACAUGAGAGAAACACAUGCCACCAUUUCACAGCACUCUCCACUUGGGACGACCCCUGUGCCCCAUUCCCACGUGGAUCCCACCUAUUGUUCUUGGGCAUGCUCACGCCGAGAGUAACUUUUCGGGGUGCAGUGCAGUCAAUGGACUGUUCUCAGAAGGAGCCCCGUGGUGGAGUAAAUUCCGCGUCGAGAUUUCGCCCUGCCUCAGGCAGGACUCACCGAAGGUCGUUGGUGACGAUGAUGACAUUGUUUUGAGAAUGACAACCAAGACAGUUGUCCGACUUCGGCAUCUGCCAGUGAACAGACGACAAGGCAGGGCUUGUGGGGUGAGUACAGAGGCAUUAAAGUGCUUGAUGCAGGGUUGGCUUCACUACUACCACACAGUACACUUUUUGCAGCUCGGCAAACGGCAUUUGUCUUGAAAACUGAAUCGUGUUUCGGAAGCCUGUAGGUUUCCUUGUUGACCUUGUUCCUGUGGGCAUCCGCCCUCACUUUGAAGAGUAUGAAGUCAUAAUACAUAUUGCACAAGCAACUACAAGACGCCACAAAUCACGAACCAGGAAUACUAGACUGACUAUGGAGGGAGAUGCAACCCAGACAAUCAGCCCACCAUAUAGAUGACGACGGUUGACUCUUCAACGGUUAGUCGAUCGGAGGCUCAGAUGGUCUAAACUAUCCCGAUUAUUCAUCGGCAAUAUACUGAUAUGGUAUCGCCUCUGCUGAAAAAAUCACAUUCACCGCGUUCAACGGCAUCCUCACCAAGGUUGUCUUACGCUGAUAUCCGUAGGCUUCUUCAUCGCUUUGAUGAUCUAGCUCGCCGUUACAGCCUGGAAAGGGUUACAAUAUUCGGUUGUGUCGAAAGGCCAUGGCACAGGUUACCAGCUAUUGACCGAUCCGCCAAUCGACCUAUGUGUACUCAAUUGCCGAAGUCUCGCACACUUGCACACCUUCAGGUACCGAAAAAGACUUCAAUAGUGCUUGAACGCGGUCGGUUGAAUCUACCUCGCGGCUGUCCCCCUGGGCAGCUACAUGUAAGCAGCAUCGAGUAACAAGGGUUGUUAAACAUGUCCUCCACAGAUUGGCAAGCCUCAAAAUGGAAACCUUCUCCGGUCGUUGAUUCCUGCGAGGACGUUACCGCCAGCCGCAUGGGAAUGCUACAUGCAAUAGUACGAGCUUUCGCAAGACUUUGGUUUCGAUAGUAGAAUCUAGUCAGCCAGCCAGCCAGCCGGCCUUACUUGGUUAAACUAAGACCGCAAAUCCCAGCUAACGUACCUUUGUACAAGUGGGUAUUGCGCGUUGGAGAACCUCAACGACGUGAGAAACUAAAACAACAUUUACGAACACCCUAGAGAUGAACUUGCACCGUGCACCUCCGGGCAGGACACAACAAGACCUUCGGAAGUCGGGAAACUUGACACUGCUAUCCCUUCGACUACACCAAGAAGGCACCGAGCGGCAGGCAAGUUAUGCGACUUGAGCUAACUUGUGAUCAAAACCAUCACCAUGGCAUGGCACCCUUCUCCAGCAACACCAGGCGCUGACGCGUCGAUAAGUUGCCAUGUCGGUGAAUCAAGCGAAAUACUCCAGUGAAGAGUCAGCGAUCGGCAUUUCACUUGCAUUAGGACAGAAUGGCAUGUCAGAAAUGCAAGUGCCGCGGUAGAAUGGGGCUGCCGAUCAGAAGACAAAAUGGAAACCUCCUGGGAUCAGCCCAUUUCCUUAGCACAUCUUUCGGACCAUGGAAAACUGCUGAUCUUGAUGCCAUGAGUCUUGCAGAGAACAGUCUCUGCAAACUUCGGCUCGAAAAGCCCUCUGGAGGUUUCAUUGUCAUGGUACCAGAGCUGAUUGGAUUCCCAUUUAUCCCAUCGUCGGCUAUCACGGAAUGUCGAUCUUGGGCGACUGGGACCACCCCCAACCCAGGGAGGAAUGAUAGUUUUGACAGGGCCGUCGAAUCGCCGCGAGCUCUCAAGAUGCAGUGUGGUCUGAUUCCAUGGCAUCCUAGGUAUCCAGCUCUCUGCUCCUUCCAGUCUGAUGGUACUGUAUGCCCAUCAGCACAUCAACAGAAUUGUGUCUUCCUGUGUGGCCCGUCUUCAUAUCAACCGAAGUGGAAACGCCACAUGCCACACCAGCUACGACUGUACUGACUUAUAAAAGGCGAAUUGCUGAAAACAAUGUCAUACAUAAAGUUGAUCGACACAUUUUGCUACAGCCUCAGAGCGUUCUGGUUCGGCUACCUGGUCGAAGGCGCCAUCGUCAAGCUGGACUUGAAGUCCGCUCGUUAUCUCGGUCAAUUUCCGACGAUUUUUCAUCUGAGGUUUGGUUCUAUCGGUAUUGGAUCUACUCUGGAUCAGCAUGCUUCAGCAACUAGACAUGCAUGAUACUGCUCUGCUCACCACCAACUUCUGCUUUUCACUCCGAACCCGUACAGCAUGAUCAGCACCGUACAUUUUUCAAGGGGUUAAAGGUCUUGAAGAGACGAAAAUCCAUGAAAUCAGGGCAUGUGUGCAGAUACGUGCGCCUCAGACAAGGAUCCCGGGGAAGUCGAACAUCUCUAUGCAUAUCCAGGUUCAGGCCACCUGCAUUUUACGGCUGCCCUUCGAUCUAGACAGGUUUGAUCUUCGUGUUCUCUAUAUUUUGGAGCAAACUACUGUACAAUUCGACUGAGAUCGACUAGGUACAGUACAGGCUGUCCGACUUUCCCUUUUGAGGGUGUGAGGUUUGUAUCACUUGACUGCGAUGGGUAGUUUCCUGCCCGCUGCAUACAUAGCAAGGGUUGGACUACCUUAGACUGGAUUUCUUCUAACGUUCAUGACAGCGAUUGGCCGGAAGUUGACCGCCAUCAUCAUCCCCAGGUCAAACGUGAUCUAGAACGCGAUCUUCGCCAUCUUUGCCAUUUACUCGGACAGGGUUGAAGCCUGUUUGGAAAGGACAUGGAUCAGGGUCACGGUUUCUAUCCAAUCAAGACGUCGAGUCAAGACCCGGGAACAGACAACAACCUAUCGCAAUGGUCAUUGAAAGAUGUGAGUCCUUGACCGGUUGUUGUUUGAAACUGGGUACAGCACAGUCCAGCGGCAGGCAGCCCUCCGGCCACUGCAUGCAGUUGAUGUGCAAACUGGGAAUAGAACCCUGGCCGUACUCAGACCAGCAAUUUGGCCUCCUCGGCGAUGGAGGGCACAGGCUGUUGUGGACAGUGCUGGACACCGGCCCCUUGGAAGUGUUGGAUUCGAUCUGCAACCACUUUCUCAAACGGUUGCAAUCGGUGCGCGAUUCUGGCGAAAUGUCUCCUGGAGAAUAACUCCGUUCACUACCAUGACCGGAUUCAUCACUCUUGCCUUGGGAAUCGCCCUCGAUGUCGGAAAAGAGUGAUCUGGCAGGGUAUCUAUUGUACCAGUGUCACGGUGACACCGUGACAGCAGAGGUCAUGCAGCUCUAUCCGUGUUGGCCUAAGAUAGGUAGGUCAAUACUAAGGAUGUCUGUCUGUCUGUCUGUCUGUCUGGUUCAAGCCCUUAGUACCGACCUACCUACCUUUCUCCUGCAAAAGUCCAAAAGUUGGCCUCCAUUGUCAGCCUCUUUGGGUACGGCAGAGUCAUCUGGAUGUCAUACUCGGCCACCCUGAGUGAGUGACAAAGGCUCCAAGAGCGGUAGGUUAACUAAUGUCUUGUCUCCAUGGGUACACUUGCUACCAAUGAUGGAAUAGGUAGGUAUAACAUGGUUGAGUGACAGUAUUGAAGCAUGUGUGAUCCAGAUUCGGUGUGUGAUGCGCCACCUUGAUCCGCCAAUUCAUCACCAGUUACCCUACUACAAGCUCGUGGUCAUCGGAUCCUAUUUCAGCAUAUUGUAUUCCAAGAGCUGGAGGGAGAUUGUUCGCUGGAGACACCAACGCCUCCUAAGUUGAGUCUUGACUUUUUGCCUCCGCUCAGUCACUGGACCUUGAGGUUGCAGCCCUGCUCCCAAGUCUGUUGUCCAUUGCCCAUUGUCCUGCCAGCCACAGCAAGCUAUUCCGAGAGCAGUAUAAGGUUACAUGUGGGUAGUUACCUACCCUUAGGUAUACUGUAACUGACCACGAUGACGCAUGUUAACAAAACGCACAAACUCUUCCAGGAGACGGGUGGCGUUCAGUCUUGUUCACCUGCCCUUCCAACGAUUCCGAUCCCGAUGCCUGUCUGUUAUGUACAUGUUGGCCAAAACAAGAAACAAGGCGUCACGGUGUGUUUGGGAUUCUGUGGUCACCAGCAUUGAUGUGGUCGUGAAAACGGCAAGGCAAGGCAAGGCAAGGCAAGGCA